AUGGUGGUGACGGCCGGCAUUCCCGGCUGCGCUCUGCCGUGUCACUCGGCCUAUUUCGCCAGUCUGGCCGACCGGCGCUUCGUGACUCUCUGGCUCGGUCUGUGGGCAGUGCUCUGCGGCCUCUCGAGUCUGGCCACUCUGCUCACCUUCCUGGCCGAUCUGACCCGGUUCAGCUAUCCUGAGCGACCGAUCGUCUACCUCUCCGUCUGCUACCUCAUGAUCGCCCUGGGCCACCUCGUUCGAGUCGGCCUGGGCCACGAGGCCGUCGCCUGCGAGUCGGCCUACGCUGUAGCUCAUCGGCUCGUCAGCUCGUCCGCUAUUUCUGGUACAUCCGGAACAUCCGGCACAUCCGGUUCGUCAGGUCCGUUGGGCCAGGGACUGAUGCUGGUCACAAUGACCGACGGCCUGCUUAAUUGGACUCAAGAGGCGACGUCACAGUCGUCGGCCCAUCUGCUGGUUGAGACGCCGGUCAAAGUGCUCGGUUACAGUCUCACCGGACGGCCGGGAUGCGCCUCCGUCUUUCUGCUCACGUACUACUUUACAAUGGCCGCCGGACUCUGGUGGGUGAUGCUCACGCUGGCCUGGUUCCUGGCCGCCGGAAUGAAGUGGGGAGGAGAGGCAAUCGCCAAGUACUCUCAG